AUGGAGAAUCUGGAGCAAAAGAAAAUAUCGCAGAUUCUGGGACAGAUGUAAGUAAGAGUUGGUUUGCUUGAAAUGGAUUUAGAGAGGAAGUGAAGAACAUGGAAAGAGUUGUGGAGAGUUUGAUGAAAGAGGAAAAGUUCAGGGAGGCUGUCGAUAAACUAAAAAGAGCCGACAUUGCACUGAAUGGACCCUUAUCGGCCAUCGAAGGACUGAAUCAGCUCAGAUCUAACAUCAUCGAUACCAGUCAGCAUGUUCUGAAUGUAAUCAUCGAGAGGUUACUCGAUUGGCUGGUGGCUGAGCCGUUUGAACGGCAGGUAACCUUUUUGGAAUUAAAGUUGUGAUUGUUCCAAUAGGCGAAUUAGAUAAAACGACAUACGUUUAGCUCCUGGAAAUCAUCCGCAAACUCCCCGAGACAUCCGUUGCUGAAUCUGCCGUCUGCUGCAGAAUUUUGGAGAAGAAAUACCCCGACUUUAUCACUCGGAUUACAGCAACUCAAACCCAAAUUGGAGUAGACUUGGCCAAGGAUCGGAAGGGCGAACUCAAUUUGAAAAUUACGGAUGCCCUCGAGGCAUUGAUGGUCUUUGAUCAACUGGACACUGCCCUCGAUCAGUUGGCCGUCAGGACUCCGAAACUUUGCAAGAUCGCCCUCAGUGACACUGUCAGUCUCUUGAGUACAUUGCAUUCGAAUGAAGGCCCAGACUCGUCGCAUCUUGUCCAUUUUAUCAAUGUGGUAGGCUUGAGAUGUCUGGAAUAAUAUAAAUAUUUAUGAUUUCCAGUUGAUUUCCGAGAUGCGCGCCUGCUUUUAUGGCCAUAAAAUCUUGGCCGAACAGGUGGGACGACUUCGAAAUAGCGAGGAUUACAAGCGUGACGUCAUCUGGCGCUAUUGGGACGGAAUGCAAUCAGUGAUGGAGACGGUGGUCAGCGAUCAUGUCGACAUUUACCCCAUGAAGUCGGAGAACUCGACCGAGAAAGCGGUCGACAAACGAAAAGUUUUAUUCCGUUUUUCGAAUACGACCGCUGUCUCCGGAUCGAGUGGAAUUGUCGCCAAGCAGCAGGUGAGGGAUACUGUAAUUAGGGGCUUAUAACGUAAAAAAGUUUUGAUUCUAUUGUAUGAGAUUGUAUCUUGAUUUUGCAGCCAUUUGCCCUAAUCUGCCCCGCCGAUCCCUAUAAUAUCAUCCAGAUUUUCCACCCUCUCAACAGGUUUUGUCAUGAAAUUGAGGCCAACAUCGACAUGUCCCCAUGCAAGUUGCACACUUUCCUCCAUGCCUUCGUUAUGGACAUUUUCAUUGAGAGGAUUCGGAAGGAUAUGGAUCAGAAAAUCGACCACGCCCUAAGUGGAAACGAAGUCUGGCAGACUCUGGCUUCUGUGGGGGGAUCGAAAGCGGUAAGGGGAAUAUAAUUUGAUGAAAUUAUUUUUUAAGGAAGCAGAAUUUUGUUGAAAUAUAAUAGUAAUGUAGAGUCUAGAGAUCGUAUUUUAGAAAAUUUUGGUUUCCUGCAAGAGAGUAUUCGAAUUGUGUGAACAAAUUGGACAAUUCAUCAACAGUAUGGACGCUUACACUCAACGAUUUGCCUCGUUGUGGGUGCUGAUCAUGGAGGAGUACACGAAAAUCGCGACCGAAAUGUAUUCGAGAGUAAGUAGUCCUUGUCUGGUUGUUCAAUUUUUCAAUGGGUUUGCCAUUUUGACCAUCUUUUCGUUAUAGAUUACUCAUAGCCGCACCGUGAAAGGUAACCAAACGAUAGAACAUUCAAAGACUUCGGCGAAUUGGGCAGUGGAUGAGGAUAUCAGCAGAUUGUUGAAGUCACUUCCGUCAUGGCAAGUAGUAGUCAAUCAGACUCCAAUAACUGGAGAAAUGACACCGGGGGGAAUGCUGAGUCUCAAUGAGUCCGAGCAGGUACGGGUUAUAGCACAGAUUUGAUCAAAAAAAAUCUUUAAUGGCUCAUAAAUCGUACUUUAGGAGAUCCGCCGUCGAACGCAGAGGGAAUCCGAGAUUUUGAUAUCCAAUCUGGGCUCCCUGGCCAAGAUCGAUCCCCAUGCCGUGAUCACCGACCUUAACCAUGCCAAAGCCAUCAUCUGUAUGCACGAAAGUCUGCAAUGGUUCAGUGUAAACAUGCGCCAUCUCAUCUCGACGAUCCCCGCCAAGGCCAAGGAGGCCAUGAAAUGUUUGGUUCAGAUCAGAAGCCCGGAUGGCCAAGUGGUGGAACAAUUGUUGAGUGCCGCCCUAGAACAGCGUCUGACCUCGGUGGAACAAAUGUCCGAGACCUGUUUGCUGAUGCUCCAUCUGGAACUGAGAGUCCAUUGCUUUUACCAUCUUCUCCCACUGGCUCGGGGAAAUACUCAAGAUGAAAAUGAAAGGGAAAUCGAGAACUUCCGCAGAGAUCUGACUCAGUUUUACCAGCUUUUGACCCAUCAUAUAGCCCCGAAUAAGUUGAAAUAUCUGUUUGACGGACUUGGCCAUCUCUGUGCAAGCAUCUUCAUCCAUUGCAGGUGAGUCAAAGUUUGGAUUUCUAUAUAAUAUUUGCGUUUUAGUCAGUAUAUUCCCAAGCUUUCCGAGAACGGCCGAAAACGAAUCUGUCGCUACAUUUUCGCCGUCCAGAAGACCAUUAGCAAACUGACCGGGAGGCCCGAAAUCGAACUGAACAAAGCCCAGAACUUCUUCGAUCUGUUCCAAAAGUCACCGGACCAAUUGCUGGCCCACAUAAAAGAAGGCGGAUCCCAAUUCAGCGAUCUGGAAUAUCGAUACUUGCUGGCGUUGGCUGUAAGAUCGCAUCCAGUCCUCUCUUCCCAGCAUGGAGUGCUGGAAAUAAAACUGAAUCAACUUAAUGAAAUCUUGGCGCAGAGCAGAAGGAAGGACGGAAAAUAA